CCCUCUGACUCAGUUGCACCUAUUUCUACUGUGGGCAAUGCCGAUGUACAGUCAGCAUCGGAGCAGAGUGUUCAGUAUUACGAUUAUUGCAAUACUCCCGUAGGAUAUAACGGCACCCUUCCACAGUUUGAUGACAAAGAUUGUUCAAACACAGCUGUUGGUGGUUCUUAUACGGGUACUCAACCGGAUUAUAACGAUGCCUUAUCCACGUACUACACUUCUGGCUAUGGUGGUACGUAUCAAACGUACACUCCUCCACCGGAAUAUCUUCAGCAGCCUUCUGGCUAUGGUGGUGCGUAUGAUUCGACCUAUUUUGUGGCGGCACCUAGCGGCUCCGGGAGUUCAAAUGGAAGACCUGAUAAUAAUAAUAAUACUCUCUUCAGCAACACUUCACCGCAGUUGACUAUCCAUCAGAAUCAGAUUACGUUCGGCACUGGUUAUCAAUACGAGGGCCCCACAACGGGAUCUUACCCUACGGUCCGAAAUUCUCGUGACUCUGCACAAUAUGGUCCAUCAAAUUACGAGCCAAACAAUCAAAGAUACAAGGGGAGAGAGAAUUUUCGUAGGAGUGGAGAAAAUAAAGCUGAGAUGGAGUUGACUUGUGGUCCUAGGGUCAACAGGGCUAACAACUCCUCCUCGAAGUCGACUUCCGAGGAAGAACAAAUUGGUCUUCCUGCUAAAGUGGAUAAAUUUAAUUUGCAAGAUUUUCAGACGGUGUACGAGAACGCAAAGUUCUAUGUGAUCAAGUCUUACAGUGAAGACGAUAUUCACAAAAGCAUCAAAUACGAUGUUUGGUCAAGUACUCAGAACGGCAAUCGGAAAUUAGAUGCUGCUUUUAACGAAGCGAAUGCCAGAACAAAUUGUCCCGUCUUCCUAUUUUUCUCGGUGAAUGCGAGCGGACAAUUCGUAGGUGUAGCUGAGAUGAUUGGGCAUGUGGAUUUCAGCAAAAGCAUGGAUUUUUGGCAGCUCGAUAAAUGGAACGGUUUUUUUCCACUACAGUGGCACAUUGUUAAAGACGUCCCUAAUACGCUACUUCGUCACAUUAUUCUUGAAAAUAAUGACAAUAGGCCCGUGACUUUUACGAGGGACACUCAGGAGAUUGGAUUGAAACAAGGGCUAGAAAUGCUGAGCAUUUUCAAGAACCACUCCGGAAAGAAAUCUUUACUUGACGACUACAGUUUUUACGAGAAACGAGAGAAGGAACUUAAAGCAAAGAGGAAGAAUGCUGCCAGAUCAGCAUCUUCUCAAAACCAUGGUUUUGAAAACGGUGAUUAUCGGGUUCUUGAGUAUGGCGAAGGGGUAAAACGGGAAAUAUCUGGGAAAAAGACGGAUGCUUCGUCUCUCGUCUCUCUAACGAUGAAUCUUUCUCUGAAUUCUUAGACAUGCAUAUCUGUUAGAAUAGAGUAGGAGAUCAGAUUAUUACUAUUAAAGAGUUGGUUUUUCUUUUCUUUUUGGUUAUAAAUUUUUGUAGACAUAUUACUAGCAACUACUACAAUUCCUUGUUUGGA